UUGGAUUUUUCUUUUACACGCGGCAUACGGAAAAGAAGGUUAAGUUGCUGCUGGCUGCCGAGAGUUUCGGUGGUUUUAAAUUGAAUUAAAAUUGAAACUAAAUGAGCAGAGUGUGACGCGAUGUUUGUGCUCUACGAAACGCCGGCGGGCUACGCAAUUUUCAAGCUGCUGGACGAAAAGAAACUGGAGCAGGUGGACAAUCUGUACCAGGAGUUUGAGACUCCGGAAAAGGCCAACAAGCUGCUAAAACUGAAGCACUUUGAGAAAUUUAAUGACACCACAGAGGCGCUGGCCGCUGCUACGGCGGCGGUGGAGGGCAAGGUGGCCAAGCCGCUGAAGAAGACCCUCAAGAAGAUUCUCGUUGACGACGUGCAGUCUUCACUCUUGGUUGCUGAUGCCAAACUGGGCACAGCCAUCAAGGACAAGCUGUCGGUACAGUGUGUCUACAACACUGGCGUCCAGGAGCUGAUGCGGUGCAUUCGCCAGCAGGCAGACAGUCUGCUCGGUGGACUACCCAAGCGGGAGAUGACCGCCAUGGCCCUGGGUCUCGCCCACUCUUUGUCGCGCUACAAGCUCAAGUUCUCGCCUGACAAGAUCGACACAAUGAUUGUGCAGGCCCAGUGCUUGCUGGAUGACCUGGACAAGGAGCUGAACAACUACAUGAUGCGUGCACGCGAGUGGUACGGCUGGCAUUUCCCCGAGCUGGGCAAGAUCAUCACCGACAACAUUGCCUUCGUAAAGACCAUCAAGUUGGUGGGCACCAGGGACAACAUGGCCACAAGUGAUCUGUCCGACAUUCUGCCAGAAGAUGUGGAGGAAAAGGUCAAGGAGGCGGCCGAGAUCUCUAUGGGUACCGAAAUUUCCGAGGAAGAUGUUCUAAACAUUCAGUGUCUGUGCGACGAGAUCAUAUCGAUCAGCGAUUACCGCACCCACUUGUACGACUACUUGAAGGCAAGAAUGAUGGCCAUGGCUCCAAACUUGUCAGUGCUCGUCGGCGACACAGUUGGCGCUCGACUGAUUGCCCAUGCAGGCUCGCUGAUCAACCUGGCCAAGCACCCCUCAUCCACUGUGCAAAUUCUGGGCGCCGAGAAGGCCCUCUUCCGUGCGCUGAAGACCAAGAAGGAUACGCCAAAGUACGGUUUGAUCUAUCACGCCCAGUUGGUGGGACAGGCAAGCCAGAAGAACAAGGGAAAAAUGUCGCGUUCGCUGGCCGCUAAAGCAUCGCUUGCCACUCGCGUUGAUGCCUUCGGCGAGGAGGCCACCUUUGAGCUAGGAGCGGCACACAAAGUAAAACUGGAGUCGCGACUGCGACUGCUGGAGGAGGGUAACCUGCGCAAACUCUCGGGCACCGGAAAGGCCAAGGCAAAGUUCGAGAAGUACCAGGCCAAGAGUGAGGUGUUCACCUACCAACCGGAAGCCGACAACACCUUGAACGUGAAGAAGCGCAAGCACUCCGAGUCCGAACAGACGCCUGUUAAGAAGGAGGAAGCAGCUGAAGAGGAUGCGGAGGUCAAGUCCGAGAAGAAGAAGAAAAAGAAGAAGAAGCAGAAGGACGAGGAGGAGGCCGUUGAAGAGGCGGCAGCACCAGAGCCCGAGGAACAGCCAACACCAGCAAAGAAAAAGAAAAAGUCAAAGCACCAGGAGUAGUUUCCCACCUUGACUAGUUGUAGGUCUUAAGUUUUAGCAUCCUAGGUUACCUUACUGUAAAGUAUAGGAUUUUACAAUUAUCAACAAGAUUAUUGUUUCUGAUGUACAUUAGAAAUAAAAUGUAAUAUUUGCAUAACAAACUACAAAUAUUAAAAUGUUAUUCGAAUUGA